AUGUCUGCUCAGAAAGUCGUCCUCAUCACGGCCGGCUCGGCGGGCCUGGGAGCCCAGAUUGCGCGCACCUUCGCGCCCGACUUUCGCAUCGUAAUCAACUACGCCAACAACAGCGAGCGGGCGCAGGCACUGCUGCACGAGCUGGACGCCAGCAUCAACAACAACAGCAAUAAUCCUAAAACGCCGCGCUUCCACGCCGUGCGCGCUGAUGUCGGCGACCGCCCCGCCGUGCAGCGCCUGGUCGACGAGACCAUCGCGACCAUGGGCCGCCUCGACGUCGUCGUCUCCAACGCCGGCUGGACCCGCAUGACCAACUUCCUCGACCUGGAUGACGGCGCCGUCGACGCCGACUGGGACCGCUGCUUCACGUACAACGUCAAGACGCACGUGUGGCUGGCGCACGCCGCCAAGCCGCAUCUCGAGGCAACCGAGGGCGCGCUUAUUACCACGGCCAGCGUCGCGGGCGUGAAGCCAAGUGGGAGUUCGCUGCCGUACGCCGUGACUAAAGCGGCGCAGAUCCACCUCGCCAAGUCGCUCGCUGUCAUCUGCGCCCCCAAGAUCAGAGUCAAUUCGGUGGCGCCCGGAAUGCUGCUGACGGAAUGGGGCUUGAAGUUCCCCGAAGCCAAGCGCACGGCGACCAUCAAUAACACCAAGCUCAAGCGCCUGGCGACCGUCGAGGACGUUGCGACGAACGUGCGCACGCUUGCGCUCAGCCAGUCGCAGACGGGGCAAAAUCUUGUGAUUGAUAGUGGCACGUCGCUGUAG